CGGCGAGGGGUUCAAAGUAGAGUCGAUGACCAGUUUAUCGCCCACAUUACCAUUCAAUGAAAAUGGCUUGAAGCAGCGCCCAAUCUUUAAAAUUGAAGAUUUCGACGAGGCGCCACCCAAGCAAGCUAUUGUUGGAUAAUCCACAUACUAGCUAUCUCCAUCAUGUUCUAGAUAUCAUUUGCCACACGUAACUGCACACGCAAUCCCCCAAUUUCACAUUCUACAAUCUAUCUCAUACAAGCAUGCUUCAACCCCACGCACACAAGCACGAUAAUAUUGGGCCAUUUCGCUAUGGAAAUGUUACUUGCAUUGUGUGCUAUCCAUUCCUUCCUUAUUUUCUACCCUGCUGUAUGCAGGGUUUCGCUAUGGUUAUUCCUUUGUGAAUCAUUACAACCUCCACCUAUACCUUUUAUUUGUCCAAAUAUAUAUGUUUCUAUACAUCUAUUCGUGAGACGGCUUAAUUGAUCGAAACGGACGAUGGUAGGAAAAGGGUUGACGCUUGAUUCUUCUUCAGUUUGUUUGGGUUCGUUGACGUUAAAGGGUCACGUAGA